AUGACAGAAACAGAAGCCACAAACUCAUCCCCCGCCGCAGUACCACAGCCCCCGCUUCGUCAAUCAUGGACGCCGAGCGGGUACCCCGUCGUCAACAACUAUCGCGACCUCGCGGCGGGGCGUAUCGCACUAGUCAAAGCGAGCGAAGAGUUUGCCCCCGGGCCGCCAGCGCUCGAGGUGUACUGGCACAACCGAAUGCAAACCGACCGCACGGACCUAUUCGGGGGACUCGUGACGGGUGCGAAUGUGGACGUCACGGAGUAUCUGAGAAGGGUCGGUCGCUUUCUCGACGCCAACUCGUGCGAGGUUCUUGCGCUCAAUGCAACCAAGUACGCCGUCAAUAUCAUUCUCGCGGUGGAUUGUUCUUGUCAGGAGAUGAGGACUUGGCUUACUGAGCAUGACCUCUUACACGCCCGCUAG